AUGAAAUCGUUAGUAAUUGUCAGCUUAUUCGUGGUACUGAUGGUGGCGUAUAGCUGCGCUCAUCAUGAAGAAGGACAUGUUGGUGACGGUGAUCAUGGGACCGAAGGGGAACAUGGUGGUGAAGGGGGAAAAGGUGGGGCGGGAGGCGAAGCUGGAGAAGCUGGUAAAGCAGGAGAAGCUGGUAAAGAUGGCGAAGCUGGCAAAGGUGGAGACGGCGGCAAAGGCGGUGACGGUGGCAAAGGUGGUGAAGGAGGAGCACAUGCCGGCCAAACUGUGAAGCAUAGCAGUCACGGCAGUGCAGACCACCACGAUCAUCAUGCCCAUGGCAUAAAAUCACUUAAAGCCGCUUCUCCCAAACUUCAUUAA